GGUGCCCCUGGGCGGCCCCUGGGAUUGCUCUGGUCUCUGUAGGGUUGGCAGGGGAGGGGAUUGCAUUCGCAUGACGCCCUUUAGAGUGGGGUUAACCUUCUUUCUUCCGCCAACCCUAUAAGGUGGGGCUGGGCUGAGAGGAACUGGCGCAAAGCCACCCAGCUGGCUUUCCUGCCUAAGGUGGGACUAGAACUCCCAGGCUCCAGGGGAUUGGGCCAGAGUUACCUAGCCAACUUUCGUGUCUAAGUUGGGACUAGAACUCCCAGUCUCCUGGUGAUUGGGCCAGAGUUACCUAGCCAACUUUCGUGCCUAAGGCGGAACUAGAACUCCCAUUUCCCAGUGAUUGGCCAAAAGUCACCCAGGCGGCUUUUGUACCUAAGGUGGGACUAGAACUCCCAGUCUCCUGGUGAUUGGGCCAGAGUUACCUAGCCAACUUUCGUGCCUAAGGCGGAACUAGAACUCCCAUCUCCCAGUGAUUGGCCCAAAGUCACCCAGGUGGCUUUCGUGCCUAAGGUGGGACUAGAACUCCCAGGCUCCAGGUGAUUGGGCCAGAGUUACCUAGCCAAUUUUCGUGUCUAAGGCAGAACUAGAAUUCCCAUCUCCCAGUGAUUGGCCCAAAGUCACCCAGGUGGCUUUCGUGCCUAAGGUGGGACUAGAACUCCCAGUCUCCUGGUGAUUGGGCCAGAGUCACCCAGCUGGCUUUCCUACCUAAGGCGGAACUAGAACUCCCAUCUCCCAGUGAUUGGCCCAAAGUCACCCAGGUGGCUCUCAUGCCUAAGUCCGGAUUAGAACUCCCAGUCUCCUGGUGAUUGGUCCAAAGUCAUCGAGCAGGCUUUCAUGCCCCAGGCCGAACUAGAAUUCCCAAUCUCCUGGUGAUUGGCCCAGAGUCACUCAGUAAGCUUUCAUGCCUAAGGUGGGACUAGAACUCCCAGUCACCUGGUGAUUGGCCCAAAGUCACCCAGCUAGCUUUCAUGGUUUAAAGCCAGACUUGAACUCACGGUCUCCUGCUUUCUAACCUGGUGCCUCAAACUAGCUUUCUUCCGUGCCACGUGAGAAAGGAGGGGAUUGGCUCAAAUUGUGAGGGAAUCAUCAACCCUUCAUCGCCCCAUCCGUCUCUUCUCCAACCGCUAGCCCCUUCCCGUGGGCGUGAGUUCGAAUCCUAACCCUCCUUCCCCCUGGUGAAAAGCUCAGCCGCCAAUUAAUCCGGAGUUUUCCUGAGGAACGGGAAGGAAUGGCGGCUUCGGAAGCUGUGGACGACUGUAGGAGCCGGCUGCCCCUUUGCUCCAUGACAGAUGAUGAUCUCUCUGCUUAUCCUGGCUUGGCUAACCUCCUGAUGGGUCUGAAAAAACACAUCGAUCCUUCGGGGAUGACCAUCGCUUUGGCCCAACCAUUGGAAGAGGCCAGGAAGGAAUUGCAGAUGCACCGUGCCAACUGGUUAAAAUGGGAAGCCGUGCAUCGUCUGUUGCAGGAAGCUUUGCUGAAGCUGGCCGCUGACCCCUCCCUCCAGGAUAAAAAAUUCUUGGAAACCCUGGAACAGCAGCUGUUAGUAGUGGAGUUGAAACGGAUGCUCGAUCGCCAUUCGUCCCCGCCAAACGCCCGUCCGUCUGUCUUAGGCCUGGAAAGCCGACAUUUAACCGAGUUUCUCCCGCCUCACCAAGACCUGGAACAAAUGCAGAAACACCUCCCAGCCGAGGUGGAGAAGUUUCUGAAGGCCAAAUGUUUGGACGUGCUCAGUUACUAUCGUCCCGAGAGUGGUAACGUCGGAGCCGCAGCUCAGAUGGUUAUGCUGGGGGCCUUGGCAGAGAGUCUAGCCACCGAGAAGCAGCAUUUGAAGGAGGCCAGAUCUCGGCAUGAAGAGCUGAUCGGGUAUCUGGAGCAGCAGAGAGCAGCUUACCCCCAGGUCCUGUUGCGUUGUUUGGCUCUCCUGAAGCGAAUGGCCCGUGAGUUUCACCUUGGGAUCCAGUCCGAACUGGACCAGGUCAACAUCCAGUACAUGGAGAUUAAAUGCACUGCUAUGUUGCUCAAGAUAAGGUUCGAGGAACUGAAGAUCCUGUCGGAAACUUACACACCUGAGAUAGUGAAAGUGCAUCGGAUGAUCAGGGACAAACUACAGGGCAGCUUAAGCCAGGAAGAACAAGAUCUAGCCACUUCUCGCAAGUUCCUUUCGAAUUACGAGAUCCUGGGGCCGGAAUUUGAGGAGUUAGUAAAAGAAUACACCCGGUUGCAAGAAAUUAUUCAAAACCGCCGGUGGGUGCUUGCCGAAUUGAACAAAGACUGAAGGAGGCAACCGCUCGCCCGUCCCGUUUGCGGACAGUUGAAAGAGGAUGCGCAAUAAAUGCGUCACACAAUAAAAAAAUUGA